GGGAUGUCUGUGACCUGUGAAAAUGAUUUUCUUUUAAAGUAUUGUGGUAAACAAAUAAAUGGGUUUCUGCCACUGCACAUCUUUCUUCCUCUCAUAGGAAUGAAACCAUUAAAUAAAGGGGGGCUCUGCAGUCUAGGUAGCUGAGAUUUCUCCUAAAUUCCAGAGAUGUAUGGGCGGACGGUGCAGGUCUUCCAGAAUCCAGACCCAGAAAAGGGUGCUGCUAUGGUGGCCUCUUGGACCACCUCCAUACAAUAGUCUUUUUAAUUGACGAGAGAGAGAGACGUAGAGAGGAGGAUUCGCUGGGGUAAGAAAACAAAGUUUAUUGGAUGGGAGUAGACAGAGAAAACAGAUAAAAUGGUUGAGUUGUCAAGUGAGGAGGAAAUACAAAUAUAUAUUCUGUUUUUUUUUUUUUUUUUUUUCUUACUGUUGGGCAAGACGUAGGAUCACUUGUUUGUGAAGCAAGAUCUCUCCACCAACAUUGCAAGAUAAAGGCUAUGAGGGAAACCCAAGGAGCUUUUUGGAGAUGAGAGUUUGUUAAUUGGCAGGCCCUUAUAUAUAUUUAACAAUCAUUCAUGACCUGCUGAAACUAUCCUCAGAAGGAAUGAAGAGAAGACUCUAUUGUUUUUUGGUGGUUCUGCAAGUGGUGAGUUGGGUUUCUGCUGCCAGCAGGCCUUUUGCCUCAAAUGAUGGCCAUAGUCUUCCUCAACAAGGCACCACCCACAGCCGCCAGCCAACACAAACUACAUCAAGUUCUCAACAGGUUUUUAAGGGUAGAGAAAGAGGGGAAGGAUUGGGAAAGAUGAAGGAAGCAGAAACAUAUUACAGUGGACGAGGAGGAGAGAAGAAAAUAGGGUCAAGGCCACCAAACUGUGAGAACAAGUGUUACGGGUGCAGUCCAUGUGAAGCAGUGCAAGUGCCCACCACCAGUGCCAGCGGUCAUGUGGGAGUCCAAUAUGCUAAUUAUGAACCCGAGGGUUGGAAGUGCAAGUGUGGCCCCUCCUUUUACACCCCUUGACUGCCUGCUGCUGCUGCCUUUUGUUUUCCUUUUAAAAAUUCUUUUAUCCUCUGGUCCUCUUGCUGGACAGCAGCCACUGUAGCAUUCAUGAGAGUACAUAAUAAAGCUUGUGUUUCCUUCAAA